AAUACCCAUGCUCACUUUUCAUAAUAUCUGUUGGGCACUCAGCUCCUUCCACCUCACUGGCAUCCGAGGGCUGGAGUCUCAGCACCUCUGGCUCUCCAUUCCCUUUGGCUCCAUGUACCUAGUAGCUGUAGUGGGGAAUGUGACCAUCCUGGCAGUGGUAAGGGAGGAGCACAGCUUGCAUCAGCCCAUGUACUUUUUCCUGUGCAUGUUGGCUGUCAUUGACUUGGUUCUGUCCACUUCUACUAUGCCUAAAUUACUGGGAAUCUUCUGGUUUGAUGCUGGUGACAUUGGUCUGGAUGCCUGCUUGGCCCAAAUGUUCCUCAUCCACUGCUUCGCCACUGUCGAGUCAGGCAUCUUCCUUGCCAUGGCUUUUGAUCGCUAUGUGGCCAUCUGCGACCCCUUACAUCAUACCACAGUGCUUACCCAUGCGGUGGUGGGUCGUCUGGGACUGUCUGCCCUCCUUCGUGGGGUACUCUACAUUGGACCCUUGUCUCUGAUGAUCCAUCUGCAGCUGCCCAUUUACAAGUCCCGGAUAAUCUCCCACUCCUACUGUGAACAUAUGGCUGUAGUUACUUUGGCGUGUGGUGACAGCAGGGUCAACAAUGUCUAUGGGCUGAGCAUUGGUUUUCUGGUGCUAAUCCUGGACUCAGCAGCCAUUGCUGCCUCCUAUGUAAUGAUUUUCAGGGCUGUGAUGGGGCUAGCCACCCCUGAGGCCAGGCUUAAAACCCUGGGGACAUGCGGUUCUCACAUCUGUGCCGUCCUGAUCUUCUGUGUUCCCAUCGCUGUUUCUUCUCUCAUUCACUGGUUUGGUCACCGUGUGUCUCCUCCAAUCCACACCCUGCUGGCCAACUUCUAUCUUCUCAUUCCUCCAAUCCUCAAUCCUAUUGUCUAUGCUGUCCGUACCAAGCAGAUUCGAGAGAGGCUUCUCCAAAUCCUGAAAAGGGAGAUGAGGAACAGAUGACUGCUGUUUCCUUCUUCCUUUCCAAAAAUGCUCAUGGAAAAGAAGGCUGUUACAUCUUUAUUGAAAAAGAAGCUUGCUUCUCCAUUUGGGAAAUUCUCAAGCAGUCUGAGAUGUUAGGCCCUGGGGUCUCAAAUUUUUUGUAGUUCCAAAGGAAUGGCAAGAAAGAGUGUACAAUUCUCAUUUCUAUUAAUGGAAGAUUAUAUCUAAUCUUUUUAUGAUUAAAGGAUAUUUGAGCCGCAAGGGAGGUAAAUCAACAAAAAUGAUAGCAACAUCAAUAACACAAAUAACAGCUAAUGUUUGAUAUAAAAUCCCUGGUGGCAGAGUGGCUAAGUGCUUGUUUGUUAAGCAAAAAGGUCAGAGGUUCAAACCCACCAGCCACACCAGGGGAGAAAGAUUUACAGCCUUGGAAACCCUGUGGGGCAGUUCUACUCUGUCCUACAGGGUCGCCAUGACUUGGAAAUGAAUUGAUGGUAAUGGGUUUAGAUUUUUGGUUUGAUACAAAUAUGUAUAUAUACAUAAUUAUAUACUUCUUAUGAACCUCUUGACAUCUUGUGAGGUAGGUAUUAUUGUGCAUAUUUUAUACAUCAGGAAAUAGAACAGUCUUGCUUUAUAAGCUGCAUAAAAAGUUGUUUAUGCUGCCUAGUGUGAACACUUUGGUUGAAGUUUAUUAGUAUUUAACCUGAUAAUGUAUUACACUUUCUACUUAGAGUCUGUUUUCUGUGCAUAUUUUAAUAAGCAAAUCCUAAAAACUGAUCAUUUCAUGGAAGUGGCCUUGGCUAACAAACUUACAAGUUAAGCUUUUAGCAACUGGAAUGUGGCUAAAACUGCUUGUACUAAUAAUUCUAGAAAAAUAUUGAGCUGUAUGCCUAGCAAGGUAUGACGAUACCUACCAUGAAAAUAGAAAGUGGCCUAGAAAAAAAUAUCAGCUCAAUGAAGGGAAAUGAGACAAGAUGACUAUAUCUCAA